GUGGGCUCAGUCGGUGUCCGCCAAGUUGAAAAUCCGUCGCUUCUCUUGCCCUUCUUACGUCGCGUAACUGUAUUACACAGCCCGGCCACACGCCAUCCUCGUGCAGCCCCGCGCGCGCGCGCGCGCACGUGCGAAAUCCGCUCUUCUUUUUUACUUCAGUGAGUAGGAACAAACGCGCGCGCGCGCGCUCGCUCGCGAGUACGUCGCUCUUGCCCAGGGGAUGGUGCCGGCCGGUUCGCCGAACUCUCCGGUAGCCGAUGUCGCUCGUCACCUCGCGGCGGCACCUCGGCUAGCAGUCCUCGCUCGGCCGUAGGGGAUCCGUCGGGAAAUCCGGGAAACACCGGGAAAUAGACGUGCUAGGGUGCAACGACUCGGCGAGAAAGAGAGAAAGAGCGACGGACAGCCGAUUUCCAGCCGAGCGCGAGUGUUUUCCUCUCGUCCCGGCGCCGCUGCUCCGAUUGUUGCUACGCCGGCCGCCUCUCCUCUCGUAGACAUGCACCUGCUGGACGUCCAAUUGCGGCAUUAGGUGACAUAUAGGCGCACACGUGCACCAGUCAUGGCGAGAACAACGACUCACUGGUCCUGGUGCUUGCUGUGCUUAAUCCUACACCUUCGGGCCGCCUACUCCAAAGUCGGUCUGUGCGAGGUGGAAGGAGCGGGACAGUCGAUCAUCCUUGACAUCGAGGAGAGCAGAGGAAAUGCGGUGGAUCAGAAGACCGUGCCGGAAGAGUUGCCGGUGUCCGGCGAUCCGUACAACGAGACGAUGUUGGAGCUGAACUUCACGGGGAGGCAACCUUUCUUCAAACUGAACGGCAAGAAAAUGCAAUUAAUACAGCCACUGGACAGGGACGAUGAAAAUCUCUCGCAUACACUUAUUCAGCUCAUCUGCACGGUAAGGUCCACCGGCAAGAAACGGCAGAUCCCCAUGAUCGUGAGGGUGUCCGACAUCAACGACAAUGCGCCGAAAUUCAUCAACACGCCGUACGAGACCACCGUGCCGGAGCUCACUCCGGUCGGCUCGACGAUCUUCAAGAACGUGGAGGCGGCGGACGCCGACGCCGGCGUCAACGGCAUCGUCGAGUACUCGAUCGCGCCCGGCGACAGCAGCAUGAUCGGCGGCAACGAGGGCGUCGGACGCGACCGGAUCACCACCGCCGACGGCUACGGCUACUUCAGCAUCAACCUGCCGCACCAGGGCCAAGUCACUGUCAAUCGUACGCUGGACUAUGAGAGGACGCAGCGCUAUCUCGUCACCAUCUUGGCGUCGGAUCGGGCGAGGAACGUCAGCGAAAGGUUCACGUCUACGACCACGUUGACGGUCAACAUCCGGGACGAUGACGAUCAGGAUCCAUCCUUUAUUUAUCAAGGCUGUAUGCUUUCGGACGGCGCCUGCAUUAAUCCGGAGUACUCGGCGUCGGUAUCGAGCGGAGUUCUAUCUGGCAUACUCAAUAUCUCGCCCGAGAAAAUACAGGCGGUCGACAUGGACAGCAUAAACGCCCCGAUCCAUUAUUCCUUCCUCAGCGGAAAUCCGCCGAAUUACCGCGAUUUCUUCGAGAUCAACCCCAAUACCGGAGCGGUGAGGCAGAUCAAAGCCGUCGACACGACGGUAACGAAGAAGUUCGAUAUCAUCAUCAAGGCGGUCGAGGUGUCGGAGACCAAACGAUCGGCCACUGCCAAAUUAACGAUCACCGUCAAGCCGGUCGACAGCAAUCCACCCGUUAUAACGGCAUCGAAUAUCGAGGGUUACGUCGAUGAGAAUGCUCCGAUCGGCACAAAGGUCAUCGAUAAAAACGGGAAUCCCAUUGUGCUCAACGUGUCGGAUGCUGAUUUGGGGCCGGACGACCCGAGGCCGGCGUACACCUUCGAGCUGACCACGACCUUCUUUGCGAUCGAUCCCGCCGGCGUGCUCGUCGUGAACGAGGAGAAUCUGGACCGAGACCCUCCGAGUCCCGGCCGUUUCCGCUUCCAGGUGGUCGCCCGCGAGAAAACGGGUGUGGCCGCGUCGUCGCCUUUGUCGUUCGUCGUGACACUGAACGACGUUAACGAUAAUGCGCCUCAGCUUCCUAUGAUGCCGCCCAUCACCGUGCAGGCGGGAGAAACGAAGAGACAAGUAACAAAGGUGGAGGCCACGGACAACGAUGAGGGGGAGAAUGCCGAGAUCACGUACAGCAUCUAUCACGUGUCGAACAACGGCCUGCAAAAGUUCAAGAUCGACCCGAAGACCGGCGUCAUCGAGACCAUGAGGAAAUUGAACGCCGGCGAGCAGUACAGCAUCACCGUGCAGGCCACCGACAAGGGCGGCAAGUACUCGCAGACGAUCGUCGAGGUGAACGUCAUCCCCGGGCCGAACACCAGAAGCCCCGUGUUCCAGCAGCCGGUGUACGAGGUGCAGGUCAGCGAAGGUGCCUCUAUCAAUUCCACGGUCGCCACUAUCACCGCCAUCGACCCAGAAAACGACCCGGUGUCGUAUUCGAUAGUAUCGGGAAACGACUUGCGCCAGUUCGCGAUCGGCGACAAAUCAGGCGUUAUUACCGUUAUAAGGAAGCUAGAUAGGGAGGACCUGACCCGAUAUCAGCUGCUGAUCAAGGCCGAGGACACCGGUGGCCUUUAUAGCACCGCGACGGUCAACAUCAUGGUGACCGACAUCAACGACAAGAACCCGGAAUUCGUGGGUCUCCCUUACGAAUUCUCGGUGAAGGAGGGCGAAGCGCGGAAACUUAUCGGCCGCGUGCACGCCGAGGACGCCGACGAGGGCAUCAACGCCGAAAUCACUUACUUCGCGCCCGACGAUAUUCCCUUCACCGUCGAUCCCGAGACCGGCGAUGUCCUGACGAAGAUAGUACUGGACUACGAGCAGAACGACGAGUACAAGUUUGUGGUGACCGCGAGGGAUGGAGCCCCCGAUUACCGUCUGGCGACCGCGACGGUCACAGUGAAAGUCAUAGACGUCGAGGACGAGGUUCCGGUCUUUCACCAGAGCAGCUACGAGGCGCGUGUCAAGGAAAACGUGCCCGAUUACAAUGUGAUUCAAGUCACGGCCGAUGAUCCGGACACAAAGAAGCAAAUUACAUACAUGAUCAGGCAAGGGGAUACCGAACUCUUCAGCAUAGACCCGAAGACCGGAGUUAUAAAAACUGUCCGCGGUCUCGAUUACGAGAAGGACAACCAACACGUUCUCAUAGUAGGCACCGUUGAGAACACCAGCGACUUACCCGGCUCCACCACCCGCGUUGUUGUUAAUGUCCAGGACGUUAACGACAUUCCGCCGGUGUUCACGUCGGUGCCGCGUCCCAUUACUCUGGACGACGAUGCCCCCAUAGGCACGACCGUGACCAAUCUCGUGGCGGAGGACUCCGACGGCACCGCGCCGGGAAAUCAGGUUCGCUACGAGAUCGUCGGCCGUGGGAUCGCCAGCAAGUACUUCGCGAUCGACGCCGACACCGGCGUCCUCCGGAUACGAGACGACCUGCGCAAGGAGACCGAUUCCGAGUAUCAGGUGGACGUGCGCGCGUACGACAUGGGCGAGCCGCAAUUGUCCUCCGUGACGAGCGUGCCGGUGUACGUCCGUCACGUGGCGACGGUGCCGCCGGAGAUCGGCCUGGGCUUCGCGGAGAACUCGUACAACGUCGAGGUGCCCGAGGACGCGGGCGACAACACGCUGAUAAAGAUAAUCACCAUCAUCAACAGCCACGCGCACGACACCACGCCGCUGAGGUGCGAGAUUUACAGCGGCAAUGAGGCCGGCCUGUUCGAGGCGAACGUCACGGAGGAGCGGAAUUGCGCGCUCAGGCUGAAGAAGGGCGCCUUGGACUACGAGACGACGGAAUCCUAUCAGAUCAAGAUUAAGCUGGAGUCGCUGUCGGGCCUGUUAAACUCGGGCAGAAACACGACGAUGGUGAAGAUCCAGGUGCUCGACGUGAACGACAACAAGCCUGAGUUUAUCUUCCCGGAGGCGAGCCAGGGCCUUACAAGGGGACGUUACUUCGCCGCUAUUCCGCGCACCGCGCAAUUCUCGUCCACCGUCGUGCAGGUGAAGGCCCACGACAAGGACAACGGGAAGUACGGCAAGCUGGAGUACAGGAUCUUGGAAGGACGUGGCUCCGGCUACUUCGCCAUCGACAGCUCCACCGGGAUAAUCAGGACCACGGCGACGUUCGAUCACGCGGGCUCGUCCGAGCUGCCGUUCAAGUUCGACGUCCGCGUGCGCGACAAUCCCAACUCGACCGACAAUUACAACUCGAUCGUCGCCCCGGUGAUCGUGAAUCUCAUCGGCGAGGAGAACCUCAUGAUCCUGGUGGUGCAGGACGCGGCGCCGGACGCGCUGCAGAAGGAGGCCGGCAAGAUAGCGAAUAUAGUAGAGGAGAAGAGCGGCCUGCUGAUCGGCAUCGACCGGGUCGUGGUGAGGAAGAUCCUCACGAAGAACGGCACCAUCGAGAUGUUCCCGCAGGACUCCGACGUGUGGUUCUACGCGGUCGAUCCGGACACCGAGGCCAUACUCAGCAGGAACAGCUCCAAGGUGCAAAGAUCGAUCAUGGAGAAAACGGCCAUGUCGAACAUCACCUUCGACGUGUCCACGUUGAUACGGGCGAACGCCAUCGACAUUCACGCACCCGUGAUGCCACCCGAGCCGGUGCGGACGCAAACGGCGGUAGCAUUCAGCGGCGAGGUGUUCCCGUACGCGCUCAUUAUAAUUGCCUGCGUCAUCCUGAUUCUCGGCAUCGCCGGUAUAAUCUACAUCUGCGUCUCUUGGUCCAAGUACAAGGCGUACAAGGAGCGAAUGCAACGUAUGUACGUGGUGCCGCGGUACGAUCCCGUUUACGUGGAACCCAAUCUGAAGGAGUACGAGACGCAGGUACUGCAGAUGAGCGUGCCGGUCGACGACAACGACAGCUACAACGAUCUACAGUUGGACUUCAGCAACAAGAAUCACGCCUUCAGCCUCGACAACGUCAGCUACAUCACCAAAGAUCACGGCGACAGCACAGGUCAGCAGAGUCCCGUUAGCUCCGAGGCGGCGACCACGGCGCGCGCGUCCAGCAUCGUCGGCAAUCACGGCGACACCAACAUCCACUCCCUGCGAAGAUCCACAUUGGGCCGUAAGAAUCACAGCGCGAGCAACACGAACACCCUGAACAACCGCGACGCGACGCCGGUCCUGAACCCCCUGUACAACCACGGCGCAGACCUGCUGAGCCCUAGUCCGUCCAACGACAACGUCACCUUCAGGGAGCGGAAGGAUUACUCCCAUCUCGGCUUCACGUAUCUCGGCGAGCAGAGCCCCGUCGAGACGACGACGGAAUUGUAAGUUACGCGCGUGCUCGCGACGACGCGCGAACAUCGAUCACCUCGAAAGACUGUCGCGGAAUCUCACGCAUAUCACAACCCGGGAGCGAAUCGCGGACACGCAGCUCUCUCUCUCUCUCUCCCCUCCCCCCUCCUCUCUCUCUCUCUCACACGCCCUGUCGUCCACACCGUGGUGAACACUGUGAUGAACGUAACGCUCCGCAGAUCGAACCGCCGGCGAUCCUAAGGACACUCCAAGCGCCCGGCAAUCCCGUGAACGGGCCAAACGCUACUUCGCAGCCCGGGGCGCGCCACGACGGAGGCGCGGUGGACUGUUGUUCCUCCGCUGUGUAACGUCGAGCCGGAACUCGGGCUGAACUGAAAGCAACGCGCGCGAGGACGCGAUCGAUGAUCGACGGAACCGCGACGCGCGCGCGGCCGGUUCCUCCUUCGAAUACGUAUCGGCGAGCCGUAAAACGCGUCCGAGAGCUGAGCGCGCGAAAGCUUUCAGACAGCCCCGAGAGGACUCCCGCAGCAUUCUUUCUUCAAGCCGCCUUUCGCGGGUCAUUUUCUGAAUAUGCGUAAGCGCGCGACGUUCCGCGGAGAAUUCCCGUCGGGAAUUCGCAUUCUCGACGAGAGCUACCCCCUAUGUGAUAUCCGUAAAAGAGAAGUAAUAUAGGCGUCCGCCGGACGCACAAUGACGGGGCGAAACGAGGCCGCGAAAGUAUCGCCCGAGCGAAAGAACGAGCGUCGCGAGUGAACAGAGGCAGCGAGGGGGACGGAGGGGAGGGAGAAUAUCGUCCUCUCGUGCCGGAGGUAGUCGAUAUCGCGCACCACUCGUCGUCCCUCUUCGUGCCCGUCGCUCGCGAGUCGCUGCGGUUUCUCUUUCUUUUUUUCUGUUCUUUCGCGCUCCCUCGUAUUUUUUUCUUCUUCUUACCUUUACGCUCGCGACACUUUGCGCCGACGAGCCCGCGACGAGUCGCACGAGAAACGUCCGGGCUUGCUCGUAAGUUACUGUCCGAUCGCGCAGCAUCCGUGCACGAUUCUCCGCGCACGGUGGCAGGCGCGAAGGGUGCGACGGUUUGCGAUCACGUGUCGACUGCACGACGUCGACUUUAGUAGGAGUCCCCGAUGAAGCUACGAGUCUUCUCUCUCUUUCUCUCUCUCUUUUUUUUUUAUACGGACGGUGUAUGUACUUGUGAGUGUGUGUGCUUGCAUGAAUCUCGUCCGAGGUCUGCGAACCCGAAUCUGCGAGUGAUCUGUCCCGUUCUGCCCCCUCCCCCCCCCCUCCCCCGUUGUACUAUAAUACUUGUUAAUUUAUACGACUGCGUUUGCUCAUGUCACGACUACCUUAUCGUAAUCACAAUUAACCGACGGUUAAUUACAUACCUACGGAUUACCGUCCGACGCGCGCGUCGUAAUCGCGUAAUCGCGGCACCGCGGAGAGCUUUGCGACUUCGAUUCGCGACUCCUCCUCGCACACUUGUUCGCACUCUUGAUCGCGUCGAUGUUGAUCAGCGACCACGCCGGCAGAAAGAACGACGUCAUCGGCGCUUAAGCGCGCGUUGGCGGCGGUGUAAGUGGCGAAGCGGGUAACUUAAGCGGGCAGCCGCGGAGCCGCGCGCCGUUUGACUUCUCUGCGCUGAAUUAGACCGCGCGAGCGACACGGCGUUGUUGGGAGGAUUUCAUUACGAUACGACUUGAUUGAACAUACGUGUCUCUAGUCGUAUAGCGGGUGUGGCCACUGCCGUACAAUUGCCGUGCAAGUUGCGUUUUACAUGCUGUAAGGGAAAGAAAACAAUAACCCGCGUAUGCGAUCGAUAGUGUUGAGAUCCUUGCUCGUAGUUGUACAAUAUUUAAGCGUGAAACCUGUAAAAAAUUGUUAAUACCUAAUAAUAAAUUUAUUAUAUUUACAUAAA